AUGCGCGCGGCAAUACGGGCGGCAAGACAGGCGGCACUAAAGACAGCAAUGGGCGGCAAUGCAGGCAGCGGCACGAGCGACAGUACGGGCAGUAGUACGGACGGUGGUACGGGAGGCAGUUUGUGCAGCUGUGGGUGGCAGUGGGUGGCAGCACGGGUGGCAAGACAGGUGGUAGUAUGGGUGGCGGCAGGUGGUAGUACGAGCAGUAGCACGGGCGGCUGCGCUGGUGCUGGUGCCUGGUGCUGGCGGCUGGCGCUGGUGCUGGUGCCUGGUGCUGGCUGCUGGUGCAGGUGCCUGGUGCUGGUGCCUGGUGCUGGCGGCUGGUGCUGGUGCUGGUGCUGGCGGCUGGCGCUGGUGCCUGGUGCUGGCGGCUGGCGCUGGUGCCUAGUGCUGGCGGCUGGCGCUGGUGCUGGUGCCUGGUGCUGGCGGCUGGCGCUGGUGCUGGUGCCUGGUGCUGGCGGCUGGCGCUGGUGCCUGGUGCUGGCGGCUGGCGCUGGUGCUGGUGCCUGGUGCUGGCGGCUGGCGCUGGUGCCUGGUGCUAGCGUGACGGCGCUAGUGCCGGUGCUGGUGCUGGUGACUGGCUUCGGUGCUGGUGCUGGUGCUGGUAGCUGGCGCUGGUGCCUAGUGCUGGCGGCUGGCGCUGGUGCUGGUGCCUGGUGCUGGCGGCUGGCGCUGGUGCUGGUGCCUGGUGCUGGCGGCUGGCGCUGUGCUCGUGCUGGUGCUGGUGACAUCCGCCCACCACCCCCCCCCCCCCCCUUCCCCACCCCACCCAUGAACCGCCAACCCCGCCACUCCCCCUCCCCCAGCCGUCCCCCACGGGCCAACACCCCACCACCUCCCCCUCAUAUGGAAACGGCGCGGGAUCUGAUGGUGGGGGGGGGCGGGAUCUGA